UCGCCUUAACCCUCCUGCUGCUUGAGUUUUCAUCCCAAGCCUCUGCCACGCAAGCCCUCCCGCCCGCUGCUACAAGCCUCUGCCGCGCAACUCCUCUCGGUCUCUCUCAAGCUUUUCGUCACGAUCUUCAGGUAGCUUCCAUGGGAAAGAAAGCGAAGAGCUCAAGGAAGGGGAAGAAAGCUUGGAGAGCCAACAUAAGCACUGCCGAAAUCGAAGACUUCUUCGAGAAAUCCACCAAAGACGCGCUCUCCGGUGGCUCCCUCACCGAUCUUCCCAGCGACUCUCUCUUCUACGUCGACAAGUCUAAAGAUCUGUCAGUGAAGAGAAAGAUUGAGAAACAUAGGGAGAAAGUGCUUCGCAGUGAGAGUGUGCUUCAAAAGAACCCCUUUGUUCAAGCAGUGCCUUCUUCACUAAAGAAUGCUAAGAAAUUGAAGAAAAAGCAGAAAGAAGUCCCAACAUCAAAUGAUGCAGCUGUUGUUGCUUCCAAGGAAAAUUGUGUUUCUGUUUCUGGCAUGGUUGACUUAUGGGAAGGUGAAGGUGAAGGUCACAACAAGGGGAAGAAGAGAACCAAACCAACACCAAUUCCAGCUGUUGAAGUGGAGCCUCCAGGAUGCUCAUUCAAUCCUUCAUUUGAAAGUCAUCAGGAUUCACUGGCUAAAGCUGUUGCAGAGGAAAUGCAGAAAGUCUAUAAAAAGGAGUUGGGACCUCAGCCGGUUCCAUUAACUGUUACUGGUGAGAAGAUUGAUGAAGAAGAUAUGUACUUUCUUGAUGCUGAUGAUGGGAGUGACGAUGAUAAAAAUAUGGAGAGCGACAACGAAGAUAUUGCACUUGAGAAGAGGUCGGCAAAGAAAACCAAGAUGGUUACACGAGUUGAGCUAAAUAGGAGAGCUAGACGGAAAGAACGACAGAAAAUAGAAGCUAAAGAAAAUAAGAAGGAAGAAAUUUCAAAAGAGAUUGAAUCCUUGCCUCAUAUUCUUCAAGAGAUAGCCAGAGAAGAUGAGGAGAAGCAUAAAAGAAAAGUCCGCCGGGUUAUAGCUAAGCAGGAAAGACUGAAGGCGCGUCCCCCACGCUUGGGAAAGCACAAGUUUCAGUCAGCUCCUCAACAAGUCCUGUUAUCAGAAGAAAUCACUGGAUCUCUCCGCAAGCUGAAGGCCUGUUGCACCCUUGCAAGGGAUCGGUUCAAAAGCUUUGAGAAAAGAGGAUUGAUUGCCCCAACAGCCAAGACUGGGAAGAAAUAGAGAUUCACAUACGGAGUCCGUAACUGCUCUAGCUUUUGUGGGACAAGGUCUUUUGUUAUCUGGACAACAUUCAAUCAAGAGAGAGCUUGCAAGUUUGAUCCCUUGUCUGCCAUUGGAAAGCAUUUUGCUUGUGUUUUAGGUUGUUUGGUUAUAUGCAACUACGCAACUAGCAACAUUUUUACUCAUUUUUAACCAAUGUAGUAUUUACCCCUAUAUGUCCAUGGAAAAUUGUUCUAUUCUAUUAUGGUUUUAUUACCAUCACCAUAUUUUGCCAGUUUGUGCCAGCGCUGGCCAAUUUUAAAUUAAGAUUGGAGUUUAACUCUAUUUUGAUUAAUUUCUAUAGAUUAAUUGCUAUUGGUAAUUCUA